AAAGAAAGAAAAAAAAAAAAAAAAAAACAAAACCCAAACCCAAACCCAAACCUGACGGGGGUGGCUACGCUGGCGUAUCUAUAGAUAAAGCCCACACUUGUCGCUGGUUCACCUGAGCGGGCGAGGGCGACGAUCUACCUAUUCUUCUGCUAUCCCACCGGGUGUGCCGUGGGUUUUAUCCUCAGAUUCUUUGCUACCUCUCUGUCUGGGCUGCUAGAUUGCUGUUCUUUGUUAUUCUUGUUGUUUAUUUUAUUACUUUGUUUCCUUGGCCUUGCUUUUUAUUUUCUGACGUUCUGGUUUUAUUUCUACUAUUUAUUCCCUUUUCCCUUCCCUUCGCCUUCACCACACAUUCCUAUCCAAUUGUGAUCUCCAUGGAGGCUCUACUGGCGCACUCGUUUGAUUACCUAUCCUCCUACGAGACAAGCAAAAUUCGCAAGGGACUGCGCCAAGUCGAAGGCUUGCUGGCACAAAUAUGUCUAUCCAGGUCUAGACAAACAGCAGGCGAUAGACAGGAAAGAUCGCUCUCUCCGUUUGGGUCGUCGCAGCCGUUGCCCAAGGCUCUCUCGGAGCUGAAGGAUGACCCCGCGUUCAGGGAAUUUUUUAAACUACAGGAAGGAUUUCAAUGGAAUGUGGCGAUGCGCCUCAUCACUUGUCUGGAUAAUCUUCUAGGGAGAGGGAGUAACGGCGCGAAUGAUCUGCUCAUAAUCUCGACUCUCGACCUGAUACAGGGUGUCUUGCUUCUCCAUCCGCCAUCAAGGUCACUGUUUUCCCGGGAGGUCUACAUGAACCUGCUCCUCGAUCUGCUCGACCCCAUCAACUGUCCGGCGGUUCAAUCAACGACGCUCCUGGUUCUCGUAACAGCUCUGCUAGAUAACCCGGCCAACACACGCACAUUCGAGGCGCUCGACGGGUUACUAACGGUGACAUCGCUGUUCAAACAACGAGCAACUUCUCGCGAGGUGAAGCUGAAACUUGUGGAGUUUCUCUACUUCUAUCUCAUGCCCGAAAUCCCCAUUCCUCCCGCUGGUGCUGGUGCCAGCGCCCCCAACACAGCUGUGUGCGGUCCCCAUCGGAGCCCCAGCAAGCUGGCGGCCGGGCCAUUCUCACGCAGCGUCAACAUGCCCGCGGGCGGCAACGGAGGCAAGCUACCUCGAGAUACUCGAACCACCGACGAAAAGCAGGCCUUACUCGGACGCUAUCUCAACAACGUCGAGGAUCUCGUGGAAGACCUCAAGGAAACCGCUCCGUUUGGGGCAACCGUCUAUUGAUUGACUCGAGCCAGCGAUGAUUUGAUUUGGACAGUACAUUAAGCGUUGCGACUUUUUUCUUCUUCUCUUCUCUUCUCUUUUUUUUCAUUUUCUUUUUCCCUCUUCUUCUUUCCUCUUCUUUUUCUUCUUUUCCUUUCUUCUUUUCUCUUCUCUUCCUUUUUUCUUUUCUUCUUUCUUCCUGCUCUUUUGCGUCUUUGGUUAUCCAUCUGUACUUUGGUCCACUCUUGGUUCAUCUGGUAUGGCGUCAUGACUUGUGACAUGAGGAUGCUCUGUUCUCUUUUCUCUACUCUAGACUGUCCCCAAACCUCUUGUUCUAUUGUCUCUCCUAUUUUCUCCCUUCAUGACCUUCCUCUCUUUUUCUGUGUCUCAUGUGUCAAAUAAUGAGUGAUGCCCGC